UCCAGCUUAGAAGCCUAUCUUCUCACUUCUCAUCAAGCUCUCUUCCAAGAAGAGCUUCAUUCAAAAAAAGAAAAAAGAAAAAACAUGGAGAGAAAUGCUUCUUCAAUUUUUGAUCUUCUUUUAAUUUUAGCACUUUUAGCUACCCUUUUUUCAUCAUCACAUGCUCAACUCAAAGGUGCAUUUGAAGAGAACUUCAGUAAAAGUUGUCCUGGUACUCAUUUCAAGACUUCUCAAGAUGGACAGAUCUGGUAUCUUACAUUAGACCAAGUAUCAGAUUGCGGGUUUAUGACUAAGCAGAGCUAUAGAUUUGGUUGGUUUAGCACAAAGUUGAAAUUGGUAGGAGGUGACUCUGCUGGUGUUGUGACAGCAUUUUAUAUGUGCUCGGAAGUAGAGGCAGGGCCAUUGAGAGAUGAGAUAGAUUUGGAAUUCUUGGGAAACAGAACAGGACAACCUUACCUUAUUCAGACAAAUGUGUACAAUAAUGGGAGUGGUGGACGUGAGAUGAGGCAUCAACUCUGGUUUGAUCCUACUCUUGACUUCCAUACCUAUUCCAUUCUUUGGAACUCUCACCAAAUUGUGUUUUUUGUGGACAAGGUACCGAUAAGGGUAUACAAGAACGCGAAUCACACAAACAAUUUCUUUCCAGCCCAGAGGCCAAUGUACGUGUUUUCUAGCAUAUGGAACGCAGAUAAUUGGGCUACUAGAGGAGGUUUGGACAAGAUAAACUGGAAAAAUGCACCAUUUGUAGCAUCUUAUGAGGAUUUUACUAUUGAUGCUUGUCAAUGGAAAAAUCCUUACCCUGCUUGUGUUUCCACCGCCACACAGCGCUGGUGGGAUCAGUACAGUACUUGGCACUUGUCAAGCAAACAGAAGAUUGAUUAUGCUUGGGUGCAGAGAAACUUUGUGGUUUAUAAUUAUUGCCAGGAUACUGUGAGGAACAGGUACAAGCCUCAGGAGUGUUGGUUAAAUCCAUUGGACUAAUAGUAAAGAUAGAUAAAAUUCUUUUGGAAGAGAAAACUUGUUGUAGUAUUUUGAUCUUAAUUUUGAGUGUAUAGAAUGGACUCUCUCCUACUAAUUUAGGAUUGAGCCAUGGUAGAUCCAUCGAUCGAUUGAUAUGUUGUACUCCAUCUAUUAAGAAAAAGAAUGACAUUACUACUCUUGGGAAGUGAAAGAGUUUUUGCUAUA